ACAAUUGAGAUGUGAGACAUUCCUCUGGCUCAGAAAUGUGCGAGACCUAAAUACAGCUUGAGGUUAGUUCAAGUGCUUUAAAUCGGUAUGAGUAAACCACUCACAGGAAAAAAGUCAGGAAGUCAUAAACAGUGAUGACUCUGUGAUUUUAAGAGCUGUAACAAGAUGAUGAAACAACAGAGAAAAACAGAGGUCCUUUUUGGCUGGGUCUUAGCCUUCUGGCUCUCUUCAGUUGUCAACAGUGAAAGUAAAGUGGAGCUGAGAACUAGUGCUGAGGUAAAGGCUCAGUGUGAUCAGAAUGUGGCGCUGCAGUGUGACAUCAUCUCAUCGAGGCCACUCAAGAUCAUUCUCUUUUCCUGGGUAGACUCAAGGGAAAUGAAAGAGCUGUGUGUGGUCAAUGCCACUGGUGUAUUCCCCUCUCCUGGGGUCCUGUGUGACAACACAAACAACAGACUGACACUCACUUUGACUCGGGUGAUGCCGUCCAUUCAGAGUAACUACGUCUGCAAACUGCGCUCCAACCUAUCGAUCACAGCUGCCAGUACCACUGUGACACUGCAAGAGUGCCUAAGGACAUCUGAGCACAAAGUGUUCCAGAAUGAGUCUAAGGUUGAGUGCCAGUUCUUUGGAGUUUACCCAGAAGGCAGAGUACACUGGUUCCUGGGCUCAGAGAAUAUAACAGAGUCCGCCAGCACAGAAAGCCAGCAGGAUGAAGAGGGGCUGUUUGAUAUAAGGAGUACCCUUCCUACCCAGGCUGGGACUGAGCCUUACAACUGCUCCCUGUGGACACCUAGUAGUGGAACCUACAGCUCUCACAAACUGCUGCCCUACUCCAGAGGGGAGGAUCGUAUCUCUUCAGGGACAAGGACUAGGAGCAGACUGCUGUGGGUCUUCAUCCUGGUUGGACUCAUAAUCAUAACAUAGGACUACUCAUGAGAAGGUCAAGAGGUUUUUUACUGAACAUGGGACGUCAAACUACAGUAGGGCAAAGGGCUUUCCUGGUCAGGGCACAUCUACACAGGAUGGACCAGGGCCUUUCUCUUGCUGAGUGAAGAGAAAUCAAACCUGGACUGCCAUGGCCAAAGUGGAUAUACAGUAUGUUAACUUUUUAUACUGAGAAGCAAAAUAUCAAACAAAUUACAAUAAAUACAAUUGAAUGAACUCUCCCAAUUAAAUUAAAAAUCACUGUUCAUUGAGAUUUGAGAAUACUUUAAGAAGUAUUCAACCAUUCUCAUCUUGUUCAUCCUUUGUCUUCAACGUUAUAGACUUGCUUCAAUUGCAUUGCAUAUAUACAGUAGUAGAAUACUGCUCCCUGCUGGUGAAAGUGUUUACUGAUGGCAAUAGUACUGCUGUUAGAUGAGUAAUAAAGUUGUUCUAAAUUGUAUUGUUUAGUUGACUGAUCUCGCCUUGACUAAUCUUGCUUAUUAAGCCUGUCUUAUCUUGUUGCUUUCUUUGCCAGUCAGCACUGAUUACACUGAUUAGAUAAUAAUCAAUGCAAUGUCAAAACAUGGCUAGAAGGGAGUGUUCUGGAUUCUAAAAUAUACGUUUUGUUAUACCUUAGCAAAUAUAGUCACCUGUGUUGUUGUCUGUACUAGAAAUGUUCUCAAUUUAAAAACGAACCAGACCACAGAGGGUACUCAUGGCAUUGACAAUAAAAG